AUGCAUAAAACGUGCGUCGAUUGUGGUGGAGAGCGUUUUUCAUACUACAAAUGUAACAGUUUAAAUGAUUGCUUACCAAAUGAGAUUUGCACUAAGGGAGGAUUCUGUUGCCCACUAACAGUAAUCCCAAUGACAACUUCGUCUACUUCAAAUUUAAAUUUUGAAUUUGUUGGCUUUCCAACACUGAAACAAGAAUCUGAAAAAUAUUCCACAACAUGUCCUGAUGGUAGUUCUUGGCUUCGUGAAUGUGUUAUUGAUUCAGAUUGUAAAUCAGGGGAAGAAGUAUGCGCAGAAGGAAAAUGUUGCGCAGCUUGUUCAUAUCGCCGACGCCGCGUAUUAAAUGACCUUCCUACCAAUGAUAUAUUGGGAGUUCAUAUUCCACAAUGUGAUCAAUCUGGAAGAUACUAUCGGCCAACACAAUGUCGUAUAGCAACAGAAGAAUGCUGGUGUGUCUCAGAAUUUGGAAAGGUUAUUGGGUCACUAAAGCCAAAAACAGUCAAUUUAAAAGAAGCAUGUGAAGCAUUACGAUUAGCUGUAAAGCAAGCAGAAGAAGAAAGACAAAAAUUAUAUCGAAAAAUUUGGGAAGGAACAGAUCUUCGACGAAAGCAAGAAAAUUUUACAAGUGUUAGAGAAUCAAAUGAAGCAUUAGUCAAAGAAUCAAAAAAUUUGCAUACAAAGUCAUUACAACUUGAAAAAGUUUUAAUUGAAUUAGCUCAAAAAUGUUUGUGGGCUAAACGUGGACAAUGUCCAAAUAAGCCUGAAUUAGCACAACAAGUUGAAGUUUCAUCUAUAUUUUGUCACUGUGAUAGUGACUGCUCGGAAAAUCGGAAGUGCUGUCCAGAUUCAACUGGUCAGCGAUUGAUCUGCUCACCAAUUACGAACACUAAUUUCACGUCAACAAAGGUAAUAUGUGCUGAAAAUGAAGAGUACGUGAAUUGUUUGGAUGCAUGUCAACCAACGUGCACGUUUAGAUCACCAACUCCAUGCCCUCUUGAAGAAUGUAACGGUGGAUGUCACUGUAAACCAGGUUUCAUCCGUGAAGGAAAUGAAUUGCAUACGCCAUGUAUUCCACGCACUCAUUGUCCACAGCAAGUAAUACAAUCAGAAUUAAAGAACUGUACUGAUCCUUUACGUGAAUAUACACGUUGCGGUCCUGCUUGUCCUAUUUCUUGCUCAUCGCUUACUGAAAAGUGUGUCGCAGAAGGCUGUGUGCAAGGAUGCUUCUGCAAAAUCCCAUACAUAUUAGAAAAUGGCGCUGAUCCAAUCCACUCAAGAUGCAUUCUACCUGCAUACUGUCCUUUGACAUUAAAAGCUUAUGCUUCUAAAAUCAACGAUACGCAACAAUUUACAACAAUAAGUCCUUCCCCAAAAUCACGUAAAAUUCAAUUUCACAUAUUUCCAACAAAUGAAACAAUCACGAUGCAGUGCACUGAUCCACUCAAAAAUUUUCAAAGCUGUGGUUCAGGUUGUCCAGUUGGUUGUAAUAAUCGUAUUGCCGGUUUUUGUGGUACUCAAUGUGUGGCAGGUUGUUUUUGUCGAAAACCGUAUAUUUUGCAAGAUGCUUACAAUAUGAAUUCACGCUGUAUACUACCACAUCAAUGUCAAUCGUUUAUAUUUCAACAACAAGUCUGUUCUGACCCUCGAAAGCAAUGGACUCACUGUUUUUCUAAUAAAUGUGUGCGUAGCUGCUCAAAUCUAGAAACAAUUUGUACACCACAUAAUGAUUGUUCACCUGGCUGUUUGUGUCGUGAACCGUAUGUGUUAUCAGACGCAAGUGAUCUUAAUUCGCGUUGUGUAUUACCAAGUGAAUGUGGAUCGCAAUGUAAUGAUUCUCUAAAGGAGUAUCAUGCUUGUGCAUCAUCCUGUCCAAUGGGACUUGUAUUUGAAGAUGCCGUGAACUGGCGCACGUCUAAGUGUAUAACGUUGAAUCAGUGUCCAGUAGUCAAUUCUUCUGUUACGGCUGUUGCAUUUACUCAAAAAACAAUCAUUACAACUGACACGGUGGAAUGCCCUACCACUACAAUUGACUUAAGUGGGAAAGUAUGCAGUGUUGAUUCUGAUUGUCCCAUCCAGCAACGUUGCUGUCACUCAACUUUAUUUGCUUUUGUGAGUUCCAAACAAUCACGUUGCACAUGCACUGAUCCACACGCAUAUUGGGAUCCAUGUGGAAGUUUAUGUCCUGAAUACUGUGGACAACCUGCUGUUCCUGUGUGUUCAACAACGUGUAAUCCUAGUUGUCGAUGUGCUCCAGAGAAAUAUCGUGAUGACGUAAGCAAGUAUAGACGUACAACCAAAGCGUACAAUCAGUAUAAUAACUUGAAGGAUAUCGCAACAGUAAAAAUGCUUCUAAGUGGUGAGGGUGAAAUUGCUGGUGAUAUUAAAAUCAAGGAAAUUAACAGUGAUAUGAUCAAAUUAGAAGGAAUGAUUGGAGGUAUGAACUGUAUUGCAUACUAA